AUGAAGGUUCUUUCCAAGCAACAUAAUUACAUGUUUCGCGUUUUCUGGAGAUCAAGAUCGAACUUUGGCGCUGGAGCGAUCUUGGAUCUCACAAACCGCUUUUCGAAAACUCGGAUCCUUAGCACAAAUCGCAACUACCGAGCUCUCUGCGACAAGACGAUUGCGCAUCGCCAAUUUUCGACCACAGCAAAAAUGGCGGAGGAAAAAGUCAGCGUCGAAACUGUUACCGUCGAUGGGAAGGAGUUUAGGACGGUCACAGAGGGAAAAGCUACCAUCUUGGUGCCUCAGGGUGCUAAGAUUGGUGAGGAUCGUGGGGAAGUCCAGCAGGUGUUCUACAAUCCUAUCCAGCAAUACAACCGUGAUCUCUCUGUUCUCGCGAUCAAGACAUAUGGCGAAAUGUCUUUGGAGAAGAGGAAAGAGCAGUACGAGUCGAGGAUGAACAAGCAGAGCAAGAAGCGCAAGCGAGGCGAUGACGACCAGAAGCCUACCGAGCCCGUGAACCCUCCACCACAGGAUAAAGCGCAAGCGACUGAAGAGGCUGCUAAACCCAACGAUGCCGAAGCACGACAGCCCAAGAAAGAAACAAAGCCCUCAUUUCGUAUCCUGGAUGCGCUAUCGGCGUCUGGGCUGCGAGCACUUCGAUAUGCCCACGAACUACCUUUUGUGACAUCUGUCAAGGCCAAUGAUUUAUCCGACACUGCUGCCGAGUCUAUCAGGAUGAACGCCAAGCAUAACGGACUUGAGGACAAGAUUACCGUCACGCAAGGUGAUGCGCUUGCGCUCAUGUAUCGAGGCAUCGCAGACGACUUGUCCAACAGAGACAAGGGUGGAAACCCAGGCAAGACCAACAAGUUCGAUGUUAUUGACCUGGAUCCUUAUGGUACAGCUGCACCUUUCUUUGACGCUGCCGUACAAUCUAUUAGAGACGACGGUGGCCUCUUAUGUAUCACCUGCACAGACAGUGCGGUGUGGGCAGGUCACAGCUACUGCGAGAAGACGUUUGCGCUUUACGGCGGAAUUCCAAUCAAGGGAAUGCACUCCCAUGAAGCUGGUCUUCGACUUGUUCUGAACGCCGUGGCUACCUCGGCUGCCAGGUAUGGGUUGGCAAUCGAGCCUCUUCUCUCGCUCUCAAUCGACUUUUACACCAAAUUCUUCAUCAAGGUGACCAAGUCCCCGCAGUCGGUCAAGUUCCUCGCUUCCAAGACUAUGCUAGUCUACAGCUGCGACUCAGGCUGUGGUGCUUGGGAAACACAGCCUAUGUUGAGAAGCAAGCCCGCGCCGAACAAGAAGGGCAAUGGCGCCUUUUACAAGCACACUAUGGCCCAGGGACCAUCAGCCGACCGACACUGCGAACACUGUGGAAUGAAGAUGCAUAUUAAUGGCCCUAUGUAUGGCGGUCACAUUCAUUCGCAAGAGUUUAUUGAGAGGCUUCUGGCGCAGAUUCCCAAGGCUGAUCCUUCUAUCUAUGGCACGAUGCCCAGACUUGAGGGUAUGCUGCGAACAGCCCUCGAAGAGUAUCUGCCUGGUCCUGAGGUCAAGGAGCCUGUCGAUCCCAAGGAUGCUCAGCUUGCAACCGUUGACCACUAUCCCUUCUUUAUUAUCCCAAGCCGUUUGGCCAAUGUGGUGAGCUGCGUGACCCCAAGUGAGGACAUGGUUCGAGGUGCUUUGAUCCAUCUUGGCUACCACACUGCUCGAAGCCACUGCCGACCAGGAAGUAUCAAGACUGACGCGCCAUGGUCUACAAUCUGGUGGAUAAUAACGGAAUGGAUUCGCCAGAAGUCACCGAUCAAAGAAUCGAGCAUCAAGAAAAACAGCGCCGCAUGGAAGAUUCUGACUGAUGCUGGAAUCAUUGGACAAGAGAAGCCCGAGGCUACAGAGGAAACGGCUAAAGAUGACUCUGCGAUGGAGGGCGUGGAACAGCAGACUUCAGAGGCCCCUGUCGAGGGUACAGCAGAUGCACCAAACGGCGAUGUCAAGCUCCUCCUUAGUGAGGCACAAUUGCGCAAGACACUCGUAUUCGACGAGAACCUAGCACGUCUUGCACGAAGACGAGGAGAGCAGAAGCUGGUGCGAUACCAGAUGAACCCCCGAGAAAACUGGGGUCCUCUGGCUAAAGCGAGCCGUCGAUGA